AUGGCGCAAACAAUAGGAGGAUUUCAAGAUGUCAGCGAUGCCGAAGACCAUGACGUGGAGAUGCUUAGCGACGAAGAGCCCAAGCCCAUCAAGGACUUACCUCCCUUCAAAUACAUCCUGAUCCGUCAGGAUGUCGAUCUGGAGAUUAAUUUCCUCGAGCGAAGUCUUAAGGGCAAGACUGAGAUUAUGAUUCACGCGCUCGACAGUUCGACACUCCAGGAAAUCGCCAUCGAUGCCCGGCAAUGCAAGAUCGAUACCGAGAACAUCACUGUGCAAAAGAUGCGGAAUGGCCAGCCCCUCGGCCAACCGAGCCCAGCGCCCGCCACCUACGUGGAUCCCUACAACCUUCUCGAAUACCCCCAACUCUAUCGAUGGAACGCCCGACACGCUGGCAUUCGCAAGAUACGGGUACGACCCUUGACUAGGACUCGAGCGACGGACCUUCCCGCGGAAGAUAGAAGAUUCGCGGGUUGUACUCCUGUCGAUGGCUCGUUGCGAGUGAAAAUUAAGAAUGAGGAGCCCUCCUCCAGCCAUAGGAUCAUUGUGAGGAAACCGUCAGCCACGGGGCCGAAUGCGUUUCUUGAUGGGCGGACGGAUGAUGAAAUGUCGUACGUCAUUUCGAUUCCAUUCGAGACGAGGGAUAUACGUGACGGUUUGCAGUUUGUCGGCCUUGAUCCUGGCGACAUGAGAUAUCCCCACGCCUACACGCGUCAUUCUUACGAGCCGGGCACUGCCUGUUGCUUGUUCCCCUGCCUCGACGACCUUGGUUCCAUCGGGGACUGGAAGAUCUCCAUAAAGUGCCCACGGACUCUAGGCGAUCUGCUUGGCCAAGCUCUUGUCACCAAACGCCAAGCCAACGGAAACAACUCAAAUCAUCACGACAAUUCUACCCAGGUUAUCGGCGGGAGUGAACCCGUACUCAGCGAGGAAGACAAGUUGCUAGAAGUGACGGUCGUGUGCUCGGGGCUUCUGACUGACGAAAUCAUCGAUCCCAACGACGAUCGCAAGAAAGUGAUGACAUUCGAAUCCGAAAAGGCAACAUCAGUUCAUAAGGUCGGCUUCGCUGUUGGCCCAUUCGAGCAUGUCGAUCUCUUCUCCGAUUUUCGCACUGAAGAGGAUGACGAGAAACUCGGUGCGAGUGCGUUAAAGAUCCACGGCUAUUGCCUACCCAGGAAAGCAGACUGGGUCAGGAAUACCUGCGUAGCUCUAGCGACUGCCGCCGACUACCUUUCGCUCACCUUUUCGGGGUAUCCUUAUGACAGCUACAAGCUAUGCUUCGUUGAGGACAUGGUCGAGGAUACAUUGCCGCUUUAUUCGUUUUCGUUCAUCUCAACGCGUCUUUUGUAUCCGUAUAAGAUCAUGGAUACCGAGGUUGAUGUUACCCGAAAGCUAGUGCAUAGCCUGGCGACCCAGUGGAGCGGCAUCUGUGUUAUACCGAACACACGCCGCGAUCGUUGGGUUACCACGGGCAUCGCGUAUUACAUGACCGACCUCUUCAUGAAGAAGCUCUGCGGUAACAAUGAGUACCGGUUCCGCAUAAAACUCGCUGCCGACAAGCUUGUGGAGAUGGAUGUUAACCGCCCCUCCCUUUACGAGCUUGGAAGGUACCUACACGUCGGCGACUUUGAAAGGGAGUUUAUGGAUCUGAAGGCACCGCUCGUCCUGUUCAUCCUGGACAAACGAAUAGCGAAAGCCACGAGUGGCUCGCACAAUCUCACCCAAAUCCUCUCUCGCCUCUUUACAAAGGCUAAGAUCGAAGGCGACAACGUCAUCACGACGAAGAGCUUCCGGAAACUCUGCGAGAAGACUUCUAAGUACAGCCUCGAUACUUUCUGGGACCAAUGGGUCUACGGGUCCGGCUGCCCUCGCAUCCAAGUCACACAUCGGUUUAACAAAAAGCGUUUGUGUGUCGAGAUGACUAUCGGUCAGGUCCAAGGGCCCGAAGACAUUGAGAGGAAAGAGAUGAAACCGUCGGACUUUCUGCAAGCCAUCAAAGAGAAGCAAUAUGGCGUCGUCGGCGGUCCUAUCCAGCCAUUGUUCACGGGGCCCAUCACAAUCCGUAUUCAUGAGGCUGACGGUACUCCUUAUGAACACAUUGUUGAAAUCCGCGAGGACACCGCACAGAAGCGGACGGUCAAAUUCGACAUUCCCUACAAUACAAAGUAUAAGCGGUUAAAGCGCCGCCGAGAGAAGAAGCAGGCGAGCGCCGGUGCGGCGGCUGAAGCGGCCGCCGCUGCCGGCACUGAUGAGGGCUUCUUGUAUUGCCUGGGAGACACUAUCAACACGCCUGCGGACAUGGAACGAUUCGCAGCCGAAGAGUACAACGAGGCGACCGAGAAGCAGAUGGAUGCUGAGUCGUACGAGUGGCUGCGUGUCGAUACCGACUUUGAGUGGCUCUGCUCUAUGAAGGUCGGCAUGGCGCACUACAUGUUCGUGUCUCAGCUUCAGCAGGAUCGCGAUAUCGUCGCCCAGGAGGACACCCUGCUUUACAUCCAGAGGGAGACGCCGCAUCCGGUUGCCUCCACGGUGCUUGCGCGGACCCUGAUGGAUAUUAAGUAUUUCCACGGGAUCCGCACCAUGGCAGCCCACCUGCUCAAGAGCCAGUGCAACGAGGCGAUGGGAAUGAGGGGCAUGAUUCAGCUUGAGAUGGCGUUCCGUGACAUGUUCUGCCUUCCGGGUACGAACACUCCUAGGCCAAACGACUUCUCGGACAAGCGCCAGUACCUCGUGCAAUGCGCCAUCCCUGAGGCUCUGUCUCAAGUCCGCGAUAAGAACGGGAAGUGUCCCCUCAGGAUCAAGCGCUUCAUCUUGGACCUUCUUCGUCUUAAUAACAAUAGCGAAAACGAGUUCAACGAUGACAUCUACGUUGCUAAGCUGAUUACGUCUGUUGCGAACACGCUCAUUCCCAACAAAGUUCAGAACACAAUGGCGCUCAGCUUUGAGGACGAGGAGGAAGCGGAGGAACAGGAGCGCGAAGAGCAAAAGAUCAAGGAAGAGUGCCUCGAGGAAAUUAACCGUUACCUUAGAAGGGACGAGUGGUCUCACUCUUACCAGAACGUUUGGACGAUUGCGGGGUUGGAUGCUAAACAGCGUUUGAUGAAGGCUGGCGUGAUUCCGGUCGACGGGCUUGAUUUUGUCAAGUACCUGCAGGAUGCGACGUAUGACGAUGUGAGGAUCAAGUGCUGGGCCGCCCUCGUGGAUCUGGGCUUCAUGAUCGAACCCGUCAUCUUUAAGCUUUUCAUGUGUUGCCUCAGCACGGACAGGUCACCCUACGUCCGGGACCGCCUCAUGAAGAUAUUUUGCGAAGGCCUAGCAUCUAUCGCAUUCGGAGAGUACGCGAAGCCGAAACCACAACCGGCGGCGACGGCGGCUACGGCUGCGCCCAACGGAACGACAGGUCCUACCAUUAAGGAUGAGGACCUGGACAUGGCCGACGGCGAGGACGACGGCCUGGUGGUCGUUAACAUCGAAGCCACCGAGCGCGCCCUCGAGGAGGCCCGCAAGCUAGCGCAGCGCAAGAAGGAGUUGCCGCUGGCGCUGGAGGCGCUGAAGAAGGAGAUGGAGACGACGUACGGGGACGUCGAGAGGGAGCUCCAGCGCGCCGUGUGGAAGGCCAUAGAUUCGCCGGUCCUCGGUCGCGCUGAGAGGAUUACCCUGCUUGAGCUGUGCGCGACAAUGUUUGAUGAGGCGGAUCGGUGGAUUAUUACGUUGAAUUAUCCGAAGAGGUGGAAGGUUACGCGGAACAUCUACCGGCAUAAACCUUCGAGCCUUCUCGUCAAUUUCAAGUCGUACUACCGCACAAAACCACAGCAUCCUGAAAUUCUUCCUGUGCCGCCACCUCCAGUGCAAGCACCACCUCCACCAGCGGCGGCACCGCCCGAGCCUAAGCGGCCGAUGAUCGUCGCGCGCGCCUCCUCUAUCAAGGUCAGCCGACCGUCCAUCUCCGCCCCGUCAACCGGAGGAGGCGCCGCUGCCGCCGCCGCCGCCGCUCCACCCAAAAUCCCCAGCACCUCGUCCGAACGUCCCAGCAUCUCCGUCCCCGUGCCCAGCCACGCAGAUUCUAUCGUAGCCUCCCCCGUCGCCAUCACGACACCCCGACCGCAAAUCGAGCGCAAAAACACGCUCUCACUAUCCACUUCCUCGUCCCACAAACCGGCCAAGCGCCCCCGCGAUAAGCUCCAGGAUGCAGCAGGAGGGCCCACGGGAACGCCCGCCCCGAAACGACCCAAGGUGGAAAAGCCGCACAGGCCUUCCGUUGGCGUGACGAGCGGUACGCCGUCCAAGCGCUCGCGUAUCGUGACUCUUAAGCACCCAUCGCUCCGGGGGAUCCUGAGGAAGGUCAUGGGCCCUUCGAGCAUUAGGAUAGGCUCGUCGGGCGGUAAUAGUAGUCGGGGUAGUUCUGCUGGUGGAGCGGUGCCUUCGCCGCCGGCGAUGGGGUCUAUUCAGGCUAAGCCGGCGAGGAAACCGUUGCCUUCCGGUCCGGCGGGGGUAUCUUCUUCUUCAUCUUCUCACGGGCACGGGCACGGGCACUCGCAUGAUCGUGAUCGUGAUCGUGGUCAUGGUCAUGCUACGACGAAUGGGGGUGCGAGAGUGCCGUUGCCGGGUGGGAGAGACAAGCCUGCUUCCGCUCCAGCACCGGCUCCGGCUCGUCCGAAGAUUAUGCUGAAGCUUAAGACGAAGAAGGACCCGACGACGUGA